CAUUUCCGUCCAAACAUGAAACGAAAAAAGUCUCCAGUAAGCUACAUUGUUGUAGAUGUUGCAACAAAUGAAAAUCGAGGUGCGAGUCAAUUUACUUACUUUGAAUUUGUGCUUGUUCUUCUGCUUGUAUCUUGCAUUCUUGAUGGCAGGGUGGAAAUAUUUAGAAACUGGGUAAAAAUAUCUGAUCGCCGCUAUUAUGAAGAGUUGACCUUUAACAUAAUCACUUACUUAAUCGUUGGUGCAUUUUUCGGAAUUUAUGGACACUGGUCAGCAAAAUACAAAAAAGGAGAUUUCAUAAAAGCAGGGGCAAUGGCAGCGAUGGUAAUUUUUAUGUGCAUGUGGCUUAUAUUGCACAUAUCAACAGGGUUUUCUCUGAUUAACAAUGUACCAGCUCAAUUUGCAACGUUUGUAAACUUUGCAACGUUCAGUUUAACAAUGUUUACAGCUGGUAUUACUCUAGGUGUUGCAAUGCUUGAGAAAAAUUAAAGUGAUGUUACAAUUAUUAUGCCGUUUAUCAACCUCAGUUUAUUGUAAGUGUUUCCAUGCACACAAUAACACAAAUAUUGAACAAAUAACAUAAGAAAAAAGCA